UUGUUUGUGGUUAACAUUUUCAUUUGAAACGUAUUUUGGGCGCAUAAAUUCAUUGUAAAAUGUCUUUCGUAAAUUCACAACAAAAUUCUGUGCCAAAAUCACCAUGGAAGAAACCUAAUGAAAUUAUGGCACUUCAUCGAAUGAAAAUCAAAAAAAGAGCUUUGCAGUCACGAUUUAGUAAACCUAAUUCAAUAAAUGAUCAACCAAAAAAUUUUGAUUUAAAAGACGAACAAUACAAUAAGUUUUUGGAUAAAAAGCGAAGAAACCCAUUUACCAGAGAAAAUGAUAGUAAACGUUUUAAAGAAAACAUCAUAUCAACUACCGAAGACGCAUCAAACGACAAUACAUUAUUUAAACUUUUGAAUAUGAGCAUGUCAAAUGAUAUUCAGAAUGUAAAAGUUCCUGAGCAACUACCCAAUAUUGCAAACACGGUUACAGCACUAUCGAAGACGGAAACACAUGAGGAAGAAGUGCCCAAUUUACCAAGUUACAAUUUUAUACCAAUAGAUUGGGCAAUUAAAACAAAAAUGCGUAUAAUAUCAAAGAAUAAGUUUAAAUGGAGUUCAAAAUUACGUACUAGUGAAGAAGCUUCGGGAAUUACUGGAUUUGUACGAUGUUUAGAUACAACAACAUCAGAAUCAUUAGAUACCAGCAUGAGUGCGCGCAGUUAUCAAUGUUGUUUGGUUUGGCAGCAUCCUUCUUUACCUUGGCUACAACUUUUUCCACGAUUAAAUGUUAAAUCAACUUCUAAUGGUCCUAAUUUAGUUGUUACACAACCAUCAGCUGUAAAAGCAUUACAUUCCGAUUGGGUAGAAAGUUUCCGAUCAUUAUUUCAAUUACUUCGAGCAAAGCAAUGUCCAUAUUUUUAUUUUUGUGCAAAUACAUUCACAAUUUUAUUCCGAGCCGCUGGUAUUUGUGGAUUUAGUGAUAUACAUGCUGUAAUCACGCCCACAACACGAGGAUUCCGACAGGCUUUAAAACAAGAAGACAUUGAAUAUACAAUGCCAUUAAAGAAAUCACGGCGUUCAGCUGAUCAUUUUGAAGAUUUAGGAUAUGAUACGUUAGAUUCAACCAUGGACGAUUCAUCACCUACAUCGAAUUCAUCAAUACGUCAAAACGAUCAAGAAAAUAAUGAUUUUAUAGCAGAAGAUGAAGGUGAUGAUGAGGAUGCAGAAAAUGAUCAAUGGUUAAAAAGUUUAGGUGUUGAUAUGACAGAAAUUAAAAAAAUUAAUGAACAACAGGCAAGAAAAAAUCAUACAAUGGAAUGUGUAAUAGAUAGUAGUGACGAAAGUUUAGUUUUUGUUGAAGGAGUUGAAGCACAAGCUUUAUUUAAUUUUCUGUUAAAUUGCAAAAGUGCUAUUAGUACUGUAGGACCCUUAGCAGGAAUUCCACCUACAUUAUUGUCACCAGUAGCAUUUCGUGGUGCAUCACUUCAAUCUUUAAAGGUUCGUGAAAGUAAAGUUACAGCCGAUGAUUCAGAGUACUAUUCAUUAAUUGUGAGUGGACCAAUUUUACCAAAUAAUGUUCAUUCGUUAGCAAAUUUAAUUUCGGCACCAGAGGAUGAAUAUAGUGCCACAUUUGAAAAUAUUAAAAGUACUAGUAGUUUUUCAAAAGUUUAUUCUAAAAAUAAAGGUGAUAAAGAUAGUGCAGAAAAUGAAAAAGUGGAUGGGUCAAAUGUGUUUUUCCAAGAAAAUUUAACAGAUUGUGGCCUAUCUAAAAAAUUACUAAAACAUUUUUGUUCAAAUGAUAAAAAUCAUAUGCAAGUGAUUGAAAGUUUGAAAUUUAAUGGUCAUGAGCAAUUAUAUUAUUGGACUUAA